CUCCGACCUGACAUAAUAACAUGGAAACGACGGCCUCUCCACCUCCAAGUCCCUCUCCAUACACCUUCGCCUUCCUCCUCAACGCCUCAGUCCCCUCCUCUUCCCCGUCCAUCUCUCCGUCUCCCAGCCUGGCCUCCACCGCUCUGUUCUGCUCCCUCCUGUCCCUGCUCUCCCUCCUGGGCAUCGCAGGAAACCUGUACACCCUGGGUCUCCUCCUCCGACGCAGGACUGGAAGGAGGAGACGCACAGCGGCAGUUCCAGCCUGCUGUCUGGCAGUGCUGAGCCUAGCCUUGGCUGACCUCCUCUACCUCUUCACGACUCCCUUCAUCGUGUACGACAGCCUGGCGUCCGACUGGGCGUUCGGGGAGCCCGGCUGUCGCCUCCUCCUGAGCCUGGACCUGCUCACCAUGCACGCCUCCAUCUUCACCCUCACCGCCAUGAGCCUGGACCGCUACCGGGCCGUGGCCCAUCCCCUGCACACCUCCUCGUCCAACUCGUCAGGCCUGCUGCGUGUGGGCCUGGCCUGGGGCCUGGCAGUGGCCCUCAGCCUGCCCAUGAUGAUCACCCUGCACCUGGAGGACGGAGAGAACCAGGAGGGCCAGCUGUGCGUGCCGGCUUGGGACGAGCAGAGCUCCAAAGCUUAUCUCACCGUGCUGUUUUGUACCAGUAUCCUGGGCCCCGGGCUGGCCAUCGGGGCUCUGUAUGCGACUCUGGGCCGGCUCUACUGGGUGUCCCAGACCAAGCCUGCCUGGGCUAGCGGGAGUACGGCCCACCCUCCCCGAGCGCCCAGGCCCAAGGUCCUGCUGCUUAUCCUGGGGAUCGUUCUGGCCUUCUGGGCCUGUUUCCUCCCCUUCUGGAUCUGGCAGCUGCUCCCUCUCUACCAGCCGGACAUCUUGCGGACGAUCCCGGUGGGAACCCAGGUGACGGUGAACCGCAUCCUGACGGGGCUGACCUACGGGAAUUCGUGCGUCAACCCGUUCUUCUACACGCUGCUCACCGGUAAACGCAGACGGAACCGACAGACGCAGAACUCAGCCAAUCAACUCUGCCGCAAGCAGAACUCAGCCAAUCAGAUCUGCCGCAAGAGUAGCCCGCUACAGUAG